GAAGCGCGCAGGCGGAAACCUGCCGACUGUGAGCUUGAUAUAGGCGGGUAAAUGGUUGAAGACAAGGUAUAAGUAUUGUGAGGCAUCCAGGCUGCCACGUAUCUGCCCUAUACUUCUCCUCUAAGUUUCAUCUCAACCAUACCAAUAUCAUCGCUUUUGGUAAUCACAGGACCCAGCCCGCCAUGUCUUCUCUGUCAGCAUCUGAUACUCCACGCCAGCGUAUUCGCAAUUUGUUGCCAACGCUGUAUCUUGGCCGUUAUCAGCCCGGCCCCAAGAAUAGUUUGACAGACGUUCCUGGUGUACUCGUGCAUACGGAAUCCAUCCAUUCAUCGCCUGCCUAUCCUGACGCACCGCCGAACGACAUCAACACAGGCGUAACAACCAUUCUGCCGCGCAAAGAUUGGUUUCACAAAGCCUGUUUUGCAGGCAUAUUUCGUUUUAAUGGCUCUGGAGAGAUGACUGGGGCUCACCUCAUCGAGGAGAUGGGCCUCUUGUUUUCUCCUAUCAUCAUCACGGGUAGCUUCGGCGUUGGCUCAGCGUAUAACGGCAUCUACGAAUCCGCCAUCCGUGAUAACUGCGAUAAGAGCGGCAAGGUCGAUUGGUUCUUGCUGCCUGUCGUUGCGGAAACUUUUGAUGGCUUCUUGCACGAUGUAUCCAAGUUCGCUGUGACCCCGAAGCAUGUUGUGGAUGGCAUUGACAAAGCGAGCAGCGAGUCAGUAAAAGAAGGGAACACGGGAGGUGGCACGGGUAUGAUCUGCCAUUACUUCAAAGGAGGUACUGGAUCGAGCUCUCGUGUAGUGCCAGGUGAAGAUGGCAAAAGCUAUACCGUUGCGGCACUGGUUCAAGCAAACUACGGCAAGAUGUGGGACUUCAAGAUUGGAGGCGCACCGAUUGGCAGAAUCAUCUACGAAGAGCAGAAGCGGAAGAUCGAAGAGAACCCCGAUGAUCCAGAUCUGAUGGCGCAAGCGAAUCUGCUGUUCAAAGUGAAGAAAGAGAAGGACAAGAAAGACGGGUCUAUCAUCAUAGUCCUUGCCACAGACGCUCCGCUCCAUCCGCAACAACUGCAACGACUGGCUAAACGUGCAACCGUUGGACUAUCACGCGUAGGCGGCUAUGGCACGAAUUCUUCAGGCGAUGUCUUCCUUGCCUUCUCCACAGCCAACGAGUUGCACGUUCAGACUGUCACAGCAGGCCAAGCUUCUGUCGAUCCGUACAAAGCGAGAGAGGUGCCAGUAAAGAUGACUGAUGACCAGACUAUCAAUGCCUUAUUCGAGGCGAGUGCCGAUGUCGUGGAAGAGGCCAUAUACAACGUGGUCUGUAUGGCGGAAACGAUGGAAGGCAACGGAAACAAGAUCGAAGGGCUAAAUCUGAGUCGAGUCAAGGAGCUUAUGCAGAAGUACCUGUAGCGUCUAGGAUAUUGUCCUAAUACGGUUUCCGUUCGAUGGAUAUGAUGCGUACAAAAAUGCGUUAGUAGAGCGUUGUCUAUAGAACCAUCUGCAGUUGUUUGCACGAGGCUUGGAUUGUCGUGCCAAGUACCAAUUAUACCAAUGCAAGAAAGCCUACCAUUUAGCCUCAUGUGCAAAGGCAGGCGUGCUAGUUUCGGUUGCUGUACCCUCCGUUACGAUUUGAAUACUAAUGCUUGUGUAGCGUGGAUCGUUGUGUGAUUCAGGCACGAGCCUGACUACAAGUGGCUGCAUGCUUCAGGAUCAUAAAUGGAUCUUCGCGCACGUGCUACAACAGUCGCAAGGCUGUUUGUUUCAGUGUGUGGAGGCCAGAUGCCAUCUACCAAUGACCGGGAUGCGUAGAUCUACGAUGUCUGAGAUCAGCAAAAGUUUGUGGAGAAAGCGUGCC